GUUAAUUUUCCACAACAAUAACAAAGGGAUCAGUUUGGACCUAGAGAGAGAGAGAGAGAGUAAGGAAAGUUAUGCACGCUACAGGGUCCAGCAACUUACGUUUCUUCUGAGAAGAAAAUCUUAUUUUUGUAACAUAUAUUUUUGUUUUGUUUUUCUACCUCAAAGUAUAAACUAUUCAAGAUUGUACCUACCUGUUUAAGAAAAGGACGGCAAUGAAAAACAACACUCUGCAGGGGUUUGCACAAGUUAUCUGAACUGUGAAUGAACUUCAACAAGCUUCCCUGAGAUGAAAUUGUACACCUAUGCACUUUAAUAUCUUACCAGCUGUCUGUCUGAGCAGCUCCAGUAGCUGACUUUGAGUGAUUUCAGUUGUCCACAGAAAAACAGUUGUUGUUGCCAAAGUCUUUGUUUCUUAACAAUGUUCCAGAGGUUUACCAGCACUCUUUUUGGACAUGCUGAAGAUGGAAAUGACUGUAAAACAGAGCCUGAUUUUAAUGAAAAGGAGGAUGAUGACGAAUGGAUUCUUGUUGAUUACUUAGUCGAUGCUUGCACUACUACCUCUAGAGAAGAAGCAGACGUCUAUGAGAAGGAUGCUUCUUCACUGGACUGCCCUGCCCUUUUCUCCUCCUCCUCUUCUCUAGAGUUCACUGGUGACCCCAGUGACCCUGUCUUUCUCCAGCUUGACUGCUGUGCUUUGGAGGAGAGCUGGUUUAUUACCCCUCCCCCCUGCUUCACUGCAGGUGGACACACCCCUGUCCUGGUAGAGGCCAGCCCCAUGGAGAACCUCCUCAUCGAGCACCCCAGCAUGUCUGUGUAUGCUGUAAACUUCCGCCACGACGUGAAGGAGACUACAGAUAAAUCCAUUUUCAGGAUGGAAGCACAGUGUAAAAGGGGCCAAUCUUUUAGCUGCUAUGCAGCUGCGAUGGCUGCACACACCAGUUUCCUUGAACAAACCAAGCACACACGGCUCGCUCAACGCACCAAGGAGAACGUAGAGAGGCCCCACUUGACCCGUAACGCCCUUCGUCGCCAAAAUCUUGCCAGGGAUUGCCACUCUCGCCAAGCUAAACAACAUGGAUUCUUGGUACACCAGCCCAGCCAGAGGCAGUUCAACUAUUGAUAGUGUACUAAGCUAAUUUGUCUCUGUAUCAAAGAUGUAAUCAGUUUUUUUUUCAGCUCGCAGGUCACAUUACUUAGUUUGCUAAUAUAAAAUGUUUAGAGUUUCACACAAUUUAAAAAUGUUCGGUUGAAUAUCACUUGACACCUUGUUAAAAUUGUGGACUUUUACUGUGCUAUAUUUAAAAAAAAAAAAAAAAAAAAAAAAAAAAAUCCAAAAAUAUUUUUAAAAGGAAAAAAAGGUUUUAAAAAAUAGUGUAUAUAAAUAUUACAUAUCAAUAUGAACUUGGUGUAUGUGUGAUAAAUAUUAAUGUCUGUAUGUAUGUAUGUAUGUACUGCGUACUCAACAUAUUAACAUGGUAUGCAUGACUGUGUAAAAAUAGUGUCCAGAAAAGUGAAAACAGUGUGUUUCAUUCUGUUUUUCAUAAUCACUUGUUUUUGAUUUACAAUAAAACUCAGGAUCAGAAUGUUUCAGCUGUACAGUUUAUUAAAAAAUUAAUUACUUGACAGCAGUUCAAUGUGUAAAUAAACCAUCCAAAUGUCACAUAAAUGUCACAUAUUGUGUUUGACAUAUCACUUUAAAAGCAUGUAUCUAUAUGUAAAUGGAAAAAAAUAUGUGCAUUGGCCUAAGGACUGUGAGGAACUACCGUGUAUUUUGUUUCUAAAACCUUGUUGACUGUUGAAAUCUGAUGAGAGAACAUUGUGAUUUUUUUUUUUUUUUUUUU